AGGACCAAAGCAGUGCCUUUUCUGACGCACCUGCGUGGCUGUAGCGUGUUUCUCGCGAGCCAUGGCGAGCUUGCACCAUAACGAAUUAGCUGAGCUUUGCAUACCUCUAUCGUUCGUCCGUCGUUCUCUUUCCGUGCACGUGCAAUCUGGUGUUGAACUGUCACGACGUUGGGAUCCCUCUCGGAACUCGUACAUCGUUAGCAGCUUGCCGUUUCACUCCGGGAGCACCGCGCCUGGAGCAGACGGUGCGCUCGACGUUCAGCUUCCCGCCCUCCACGAACUGCCGGGCGUCGAAGAGGCAGUCCCUGCUGUCCAGGGCCGACUCGACGCUCUCGUGGAGCGAGUGAGGCCUGUCCUUCCAGGAGCAGACGGUGCAUUCGAAGUUCAGCAUUCCCGCCCUCCAGGAACUGCCGGGCGUCGAACAAGAGGCAGUCCCUGCUGGCCAGGGCCGACUCGACGCUCUCGUGGAGCGAGCGAGGCCUGUCCUUCCAGGAGCAGACGGUGCAUUCGAAGUUCAGCUUCCCGCCCUCCACGAACUGGCGGGCGCCGAAGAAGAGGCAGUCCCUGCUGGCCAGCGCCGACUCGACGCUCUCGUGGAACGAGCGAGGCCUGUCCUUCCAGGAGCACACGGUGCAUUCGAUGUUCAGCUUCCCCCCUCCACGAACAGCCAGCCGUCGAAGAAGAGGCAGUCCCUGCUGGCCAGGGCCGACUCGACGCUCUCGUGGAGCGAGCGAGGCCUGUCCUUCCAGGUGCAGACUGUGCACUCGACGAUCAGCUCCCCGCCCUCCACGAACUGCCGGGCGUCGAAGAAGAGGCAGUCCCUGCUGGCCAGGGCCGACUCGACGCUCUCGUGGAGCGAGCGAGGCCUGUCCUUCCAGUUUCCAGUUGGGCUUGCUGGUUCUUCAUGGUGCAAAGGAACAUCGCAGAAAUCUCACGAAGGAGCAGACAGUGCAACCGAAAUUCAGCUUCCCGCCCUCCACGAACUGCCGGGCUUCGAAGAAGAGGCAGUCCCUGCUGGCCAGGGCUGACUCGACGCUCUCGUGGAGCGAGCAAGGCCUCUCCUUCCAGGUCAGUGUCAUCAAUGUCAGGCGAACCACCCACGAAGAAACCAGCAGCCAUGGGCAAGACGAUUGGAACCCACAAUGGCAAUUUCCACUGUGACGAUGCGCUUGCCUGUUUCCUGUUGAAGCAACUCCCAGAGUACAAAGACGCCACUGUGGUUAGAUCUCGAGACCAAGCUGUCCUGGACACAUGUGAUGUAGUCGUGGAUGUCGGUGCCGUGUAUGACCCUUCCAAGAGGCGCUAUGACCACCACCAGAAGAGCUUUGAAGAGACGAUGCACUCGCUCGACCCAACCAAGAAGUGGACCACCAAGCUGAGUAGCGCGGGUCUCGUCUACGUCCACCACGGACGAGAGGUGAUUGCCGAGACACUUGGCUGGAAGCUCGCCGAGCCAAACCUCGAGAAGAUAUACGACAAAGUCUAUGAGAAUUUCAUGGAGGAGAUUGAUGCCAUUGACAACGGCAUCAAUGCUUACGAUGGGGAGCCACGGUACCGAAUAAACACAAACCUGAGCUCCCGAGUGGGGCACCUGAACCCGCCUUGGAAUGAACCAAACCCCAAACUCGAUGAGCAAUUCCAGAAAGCCAUGAAGCUGACGGGGGAAGAGUUCCUGGAGCGUGUGCGUUAUUACGCUACUGCGUGGUUGCCUGCCCGUGAGCUUGUCCAGACGGCUCUGCAGCAGCGACAAAAGGUUGGCGAGGCAGGCACCGUCCUGACUCUGGAGCGCGGUGGCUGUCCUUGGAAGGACCACCUGCUGACCCUCGAGGAGGAGCUCUCCAUCCCUGGCGAGGUCAAAUUCGUCCUGUACCAGGACCAGGGUGGCAGCUGGCGGGUGCAGGGUGUGCCGGUGGCGCUUGGCUCCUUCGCCUGCCGGGUGUUCCUUGCCGAGAAGUGGCGAGGAUUGCGUGAUGAGGAGCUGUCCCGGGUGAGUGGCAUCGACGGCUGCAUCUUCGUCCACUCCAGUGGCUUCAUCGGUGGCCACAAGACAAAGGAAGGCGCUCUUGAGAUGGCCACGCGAACGCUCACAGCCGCUGCAUAGCCACAGGCCACGGCUAUGUGGCUCGAGGUGAUGUCGGCCGUGGCGAUGAGUGCGAAGCCGAUGAUCAUAAAGGUGACCUUGAAGAUGCGUUCCUGCGGCUGAUUCAUCUUGGGCGGCAGGACUUCCAUGAAGGUGACGUGGAAGAAAAUGCCUGUGGCCAAUGCCUGGACAAGGGCUUUGGUCAGCGUGCCAAUCUGCCGGCCCAUCAAUAGCCCAGCCAUCUACGGAGAUAAGAAAAAAAAAGGGUUUGCAAAAGACCCACAUUGUCAUAAUUCAUUGUUUGCGUUUGUUCACUUACUGAUGGGAUUAAAAAAUGCUUAUCAUA